AUGGCUUCUUCAGUAACACUCCGGUCCCUCGCAAGGCGGCCUGCCUGCCUCCAAUCGGUCGUCCGAUCGUCCCUCCUCCCCACCUGCCAAACCCGCUUCCACUCCAACAAGCACCCCAAGAACUUCGAAGCGCCCUCGGCGGCCGAUCUAUCUGAGCUACGCGAUCGUGUUCAAGACUUUACGCGCCGCGAGAUCCCCGAGGAGGUCGCCGCCCGCACGGAUAAGACCAAUGCGUUCCCCCCGGAGAUGUGGAAGAAGCUUGGAGAUGCUGGUCUCCUCGGUAUUACUGCAGAUGAGGAUGUUGGUGGUCUGGGAUUGGGAUAUCAGGCGCACAUUAUCGUCAUGGAGGAGCUCUCUCGUGCCUCCGGCUCCAUUGCCCUCAGCUACGCCGCUCACUCUCAGCUCUGCGUGAACCAGCUGCAACUCAAUGGCUCGCCCGAGCAAAAGGCGAAAUACCUCCCCGACUUGAUCGCGGGUACGAAGGUCGGUGCGCUUGCUAUGUCCGAGUCGGGAUCCGGCAGCGACGUCGUCAGCAUGCGCACCUCCGGGAAGGAGGUUGACGGUGGCUACCUUAUCAACGGCUCCAAGAUGUGGAUCACCAACGGACCCGAUGCCGACAUCAUCGUCGUCUACGCCAAGACCGAGCCUGACAAGGGCUCCAAGGGCAUCACGGCCUUUAUUGUCGAGACCGACCAGAAGGGCUUCAGCUGCGCGCGGAAGCUCGACAAGAUGGGCAUGAGGGGCAGCAACACGGGAGAGCUCAACUUUGACGACGUCUUCGUGCCCAAGGAGAACGUGUUGGGCAAGGUGAACGGAGGAGUCCGCGUCCUCAUGGAGGGACUCGAUCUCGAGCGGCUGGUCCUCAGCGCUGGCCCCCUCGGUUUGAUGCAGGCCAGCUUGGACGUGGCGCUGCCUUUCGCCCACACGCGAAAGCAGUUCGGCCAGCCCAUCGCCCACAACCAGUUCCUGCAAGGAAAGCUGGCGGACAUGUACACCAAGCUUCAGGCGUCCAGGGCGUACACGUACGCCACGGCGAAGGCCGUCGAUGAGGAGGGUCUUAUUAAGACCCAGGAUUGUGCUGGUGCGAUAUUAUACGCUGCCGAGAGGGCGACGGAGUGUGCUCUCGACUGCGUACAGGUGCUUGGUGGCAUGGGUUACACCGAGGAGAUGCCGGCCUCUAGGAUUCUCAGGGACGCGAAACUUUAUGAGAUUGGAGCUGGAACUUCCGAAAUCAGGAGGAUGGUUAUCGGCAGGGCGUUUAACAAGGAGUACGCCCAUUUUGCUCAAUGA